UAUUUACUUAUAAGACGAUGGAAAAAGAAAGAUUUACAAUGCUUCUUCUGGAACCAGGAGAAAUAUUUUUUGAAGAUUAUAGCGUUCAGAUGAGAAAAUUGGAUACUCCAUGUACUAAAGAUAAAAUUUGGAUGGAUGGGAGGUUGAAAUUAUGUUCCAAAUCUCUAGUAUUUGUAAAUAAAGAUAAUAAUCAACCUUUAAUUAAGAUUCAACUCAAAGAAACUAUAUCGAUCCAGCAAUAUACAUCAGGCAACGAUAUAAUGAGUAAUAUGCUAUCGGUGGAAUGUAAGCAACAUGUGGAAAUGUUAGAGAAGAAUAUUUUAGCACCAUACAGAUUCAUACAUCAGAAUACUGUGUUCUACUUUUGUUUCAAUUAUGCAAAAGUAGAAGAUUGCCUUCCACAGAUUCUACAGUUACAUAGAGCGGCGAGUUUAGUAACUAUAGAACAAAAUGCUAUGAUUAUGGCUAUUGUACACUCUAGACAGUCACGCAUAUCUUUUGAUACUUCAUGGCUUGAAGAUCUAUAUGAACAAGUGGUCUUGGAAACACAAGCAAACAAAGUAUUACCACUUGUAAUUAAUCCAGGAAGAGUAUUAUUGACUAACUCGCGAAUCUAUUUUCAACCCUACAAUAAUAUGGAUCAGGAACGAUAUUCAGAAAUGUCUGAACCAAAGUUUUUAUAUGGUUCUCAUUAUAGUGCACCGGGUUUUGUAUUGUUUUACUUAGUACGGAAAUAUCCUCAAUAUAUGCUCUGUCUUCAAAACGGAAGAUUUGAUCAUCCAGAUAGAAUGUUCAACAGUAUAGCCGACGUGUGGAAAAAUGUUUUGGUGAACAUGUCUGACUUUAAAGAACUGAUACCGGAGUUUUAUGACAUAAGCAAUGGUGGUGACUUUCUAGUGAAUACUUAUGGUAUCGAUUUUGGCUAUCGGCAUGACGGUACAAAGAUAGGUGAUGUACAGUUACCUCCUUGGGCCAAAGGACCAGCUGAUUUUGUACAACAAUUGAGAAAUGCCUUAGAAAGCGAUUAUGUUUCUCAAAAUCUUCAUAAUUGGAUUGAUUUAAUCUUUGGAUACAAACAAAGAGGAAUUGAAGCUGAAAAAGCUGACAAUGUAUUUUUUCAUUUGUGCUAUGAGGGGGCAGUGGAUUUAGAUACUAUACGAGAUAUAAAUGACAGGCAUGGACUCGAAAUACAAAUUAUGGAGUUUGGUCAGAUACCGAAGCAAGUCUUCACUCUACCUCAUCCGAAACGUUUGACAUCAACUCCGAAUUUAUCAUACAGCGAAACUUUAUUAUUGACUUCGUCAGAAUCAAUAACUUCAGGCAAUAUGUGCGUAAAAGAAAAAUCAAUUAAUUUUACUGAACUAGUAGUGUUUCAAGCACAUAAAGACUGCGUCACCAGUAAUACAAAAAAUAACGAAAUAACGAAUAAUGAAAUUAUAUCAGUAGGCCAAGAUGGAAUGCUUAAAUUGUAUAACAUAAGCGAAAAAAAACUGACACGUAGCGUUAUUUUAUCUUCGUUAUCAUUAUCAUCUUGUAUUUCAUAUUAUACAUUGUCGCAACGUAACAUUCUUGUAGCAGGAUCGUGGGAUAACAGCUUGAUAUUCUAUGAUAUAGAAUUCGGCAGAGUAAUUGAUGUCCUGCAAGGACAUGAGGAUGCAGUGUCGUGUUUAGCAUGGAGUCCUAUUCAUCAAGUGAUUAUAUCCGGAUCUUGGGAUUGCACGGCAAAAGUUUGGCAUGGAUAUAUUUCAGGAUCAAAGAUUAAACCUACGGAAUAUUUCAUAGCGCAAUUGGAUCAUGAUUCUAAAGUAACAUGUAUUAAUAUAUCGGGAGACGAUACUAUAUUGGUGUCCGGUACAGAAGAUGGCGAAUUGUGUUUGUGGAACAUGAACAGUUAUAGUUUGCAAUCUACCAUUAAAGGUCAUACAUGCAGAGUAAACGCAAUAAUAUUUGAUAAACAAUGCAGUAGUGUGAUAUCAUGUGGAGAAGAUAGAAUAUUAAGUAUAAUCGAUGUUCAAACAAGUACGCAGAUAUAUUCUGUCAGCCUAGAAAGCAUACCGUUGACAUUAACAUGGAUGGAUACAUUCUUGCUGAUAGGCGAUAACAAUGGAAAUCUUAAUAUAUGGAAUCAUCAGGAGGCUGCAUUCAUUCCACAAGUACAUUGUCACGAUGGGCCACUUUGCGCUUUAGCCGUAGCUGCUAAUCUGAUGAUAACAGGCGGAAAAGACAAAAAAGUCAUCAUAUGGGAAUGUCAUCACUGACACAGUAUUACAAAUGAUUACCAAUGUAUAAAGAAAAUUUUAUGUAAAUAGAAUAUAGGCCUAAC